AUGAGAACUUGUCGUAAUCCAGAAAAUUUGUCCGAUUUGAAUCUCGUCCAAAAAAAAUCAAGCAGAUGCAUGUCGACAAGUAGGGAACAUCUCAAAUAUGAGGGAUCGAAAUCUCAAGCAAUCAUUGCCGGGGCUACUGCCGGCUUGGUAGCAAGAUUUUUCGUGGCACCUCUAGACGUUGUGAAGAUAAGACUUCAAUUGCAAUCGCAUUCUGCUAACAGUCAGUCCAAUCGGAGCAUUAAUGACACCAACUUAUACCAGCGAACAUUACCUACUUUUAAGCAUAUUAUUAGAUCAGAAGGAAUUUCGGGUCUUUGGAAAGGCAAUAUUGCAGCAGAGUGGAUGUACGUCACAUACAGCGCUAUACAAUUUACUACCUAUCGAGCCAUUUCCCUAAGUUUACGUUCAACUUUCAAUUAUUACCGGAUACCAAAUACUGCAGAGAGCUUUGUUGCUGGAGCAGGCGCAGGCGCCGUAGCGACAACUGUGACUUACCCAUUAGAUUUGCUGCGCACGCGAUUUGCUGCGCAAGGAAUAGAUAAAGUUUAUCUUUCUUUAUCUCACUCAAUACGUGAGAUAUACAAAUGCGAGGGGCAACGCGGCUUUUUUCAAGGACUGGGAGUCGGUGUAAGCCAAAUAAUUCCAUACAUGGGAAUAUUCUUUGCAGCAUAUGAGUCACUUCGUUUACCAUUAAUGAACCUAAAUCUACCGUUUAGUACAGGGGAUGGUGUAGCUGGUAUUAUCUCUUCGGUCCUUGCCAAAACUGCCGUUUUCCCACUCGACUUAAUAAGAAAGCGCUUUCAAGUCCAGGGACCUACAAGACUAAAAUAUGUUCACAAAAAUAUUCCAAUUUGCAGUGGCACAUUAAACACGCUACGAAUUAUCCUAAUGACCGAAGGAGUAAAGGGCCUCUAUCGAGGACUAACAAUAAGAAAGCCUACUCAAAGCAGCACCUACCGGUGCAAUCACAAUAUGGACUUAUGA